AUUUUUAUUUCUAGAAAUGCAUAAACUUUAUAUUAAUAAAACACAAAUAAAUCAUAUAAAUUAUGCAGUUAAAUUCAGCUAUUCCGAUUACACUCCCAGUUGCUAUACAGAACAAUCCUAUUUUAUCUCACGGGAAUUCUUUAUAUUCAAACUCAACCAAAAACUUUGAUAAAUGUUAUUUUAAUGAAGAAAAUCACGAUGGAAUUAGCUCUUCUACCUCUUCUAACACAGUUUUUGAAUCAUCUCACAAACCACCUAUUAAAGUAGAAACUUAUGAUGACGAUGUUGUUGACUCUCAGCAACUUCGUGAAACAGUUUUGCAGUACUAUUAUGAUGCCAUAGAGAGUCUUAAAUGUAAUUUUCGUGAAAGAUUACAAGAGCUUUACUUUAUUCAAAGUGGAGGAAAUAUGGUUGACUAUCCAGCUUGGAAAAUUAGACCAAAUCCUCAUUUAAUAACAUUUUUGAGUGCAUUUUGUCUUGAUGAAAAUAUGAGUUUUACUACACCAACUGCAAUUAAUACUAUUUCACCUUCAAUCAAAACGCAACCUGGAUUUGAUAGUUCAAAUUUAGUUGAAGAAACUCCAGAUGUAAACCUACUAUUUACAGAAAAUGUUUCUAAUGAUGUUAAGUUACUAAAUAAUGGUUGUGUAAUAAAAUCUGACCAAUAUUCUUUUAAUUCUGCUUAUAGUAAUGAUUUUAUUAAAAAUGAAGAGGUUUCUAACAAUGAUCAAUCCAUAGGUCCUAAAGAAUCGUUAAAAGUUACUAGUUCUCAGCAGUUAAAUUCUGAAAUUGCAUCCGAAGAUAUUGCUGGUCAAGUAAAACACGAAUCUGAUAUUUUAGAUAGAAUUUCACAACUUAGAAAAAAUGGUCUAUGGUCUUUAAGUCGACUGCCAAAGGUCUGUGAACAACUAAGGAAAAAGUCUCAUUGGGAUUUUCUUUUAGAAGAAAUGCAAUGGCUUGCUGCAGAUUUUGCUCAAGAAAAAAAAUGGAAAAGAAAUAUGGGAAGAAAGAUUUCGAGAGCAGUUUUAAAGUACCAUCAAGAUCAAGCUAGUCAAAACAAACGUGCUCAAAAUGAAGAGAAAGUUAGAUUGAGAAGAAUAGCAUCGGGAAUUUCAAAAGAAGUCAGAAUUUUCUGGCAGCAGAUUGAAAAGGUUGCCUGCUAUAAACAACAAAGUCGACAAGAGGAACAGCGUAAAAAAGCAUUAGAUUUACAUCUAAAUUUUAUUGUUGAUCAAACAGAGAGGUACUCUUCAUGGCUUGUUGAAGGGAUGAAAGAGUCUACAUCAUCACCUUUUUCAUCAAAAUUAAGUGAUAAUGAAUUUGAGCCAGAAUCGGAUAUUGAUGAUGAUGAAACAACUAUAGCAGAAGAAGAAAAUCAAAGUAAUGAAAAGUAUGAGGAUGAACUAGAAGCUUUACGAAGAGAAAGUGAAAUGCCCAUCGAAGAUUUAAUUAAUGCUAUACCUGAAAAUAUUCUAACUAAAAUUGGUCAAAAAGAGAUAAGUGAAAGUGAAAGUGAUGAAACAUCAAGUGAUGAUGAAAGUGAUGAAUAUGUUUUAAGUGAAGAUGAAGAAGAUGUUGAAGAUACUUUAGAUGCAGAGGAGAAAUAUGGUGAUUCUAACCAUAAGGAAGAGCUUGAACAACUUCAAAGAGAUAGUGAACUUCCUAUAAAUGAGUUGAUAAAGUUAUAUGGUAGCUCAAACAAUGUUGAUGACACAAAAGCAACACAAUCAGAUCUUGAUAGUGACUCAAAUGAAGAGAAUGAUAUUGAAAAAGACAAAGUUCCUUUAAGUGCAUUGAUUGAAGAUUCUGUUACAGAAGAUUCAGACAAAGCUGGUGUUCCUAACAAAGAACUGAAUGAUGCUGCUGCUACUGCUGAAAGUCUGCAACCAAAAGGUUUCACCCUGUCGACAACUCAAGUAAAAACUAGUGUUCCGUUUCUUUUAAAACAUCCCUUGAGGGAAUAUCAACAUAUCGGUCUUGACUGGCUUGUGACAAUGUAUUCAAAACAGCUUAAUGGAAUUUUAGCAGAUGAAAUGGGUCUUGGAAAGACUAUUCAGACAAUCGCACUUCUUGCACAUUUAGCCUGUGAAGAGGGCUGUUGGGGACCACAUUUAAUCAUUGUGCCAACAAGUGUUAUGUUAAACUGGGAACUUGAACUAAAGAAAUGGUGUCCUGGUUUUAAAAUAUUAACUUAUUUUGGAACACAAAAAGAAAGAAAAAUUAAACGUGCUGGAUGGUGCAAGCCAAAUGCAUUUCAUGUAUGUAUCACAUCUUAUAAGUUGGUUAUUCAAGAUCACCAAGCUUUUAAAAGACGCAAAUGGAAGUAUAUUAUUCUUGACGAAGCUCAAAACAUUAAAAAUUUUAAGUCACAACGCUGGCAAACCUUAUUAAAUUUUAAUAGCCAUCGUAGACUUUUACUAACUGGAACUCCUCUUCAAAACAGUCUUAUGGAGUUGUGGUCGCUUAUGCAUUUUUUAAUGCCAAAUAUUUUUGAAUCACAUCAAGAUUUUAAAGAGUGGUUUUCAAAUCCACUUACUGGAAUGAUUGAGGGAAGUCGAGAAUACAGUGAAGGAAUUAUUAAGAGAUUACACACAGUAUUGCGGCCAUUUCUUUUAAGACGCCUAAAGUCAGAAGUUGAACUCCAGAUGCCAAAGAAGUACGAACAUGUUGUAAUGUGUCGUUUAUCUAAAAGACAGCGCUUUCUUUAUGAUGAGUUCAUGGGAAGAACAAAAACGAAAGAAACAAUAGCUGCAGGCAAUUUCUUAAGUGUUAUCAAUAUUCUUAUGCAACUUAGAAAGGUUUGUAAUCAUCCUGAUUUAUUUGAGCUACGACCAACAGUCUCACCAUUUGUCAUGGAGCCAAUAAACUAUAGCACUGCUUCUUUAGUUGAUAAAGUUUUUAUUAAAGAUCCACUCGAGUUUAUUGACAUAAGAUCUUGGAACUUUUGCCUGAUUGACUUAGAAAUGAGUUUGAGUGCAUAUCAAGCUUGUCGAUCGUCUGAACUUAAGGUACAUAAAAAACUUAUUGAAGAUGUUACUCCGUCUACCACCAUUCUAACACAAGACACAGAUGCUUUAUCUACAAUGCAAGAAGAAGUUUGUGUUAGUUCGCUUUUCAAUAACCUUGAUACUCCAUCAAGAUUAUCAACAAAUAUAAUAGAAACUAAUAGAAGUUAUCUAGAUAUUAUUGAUUUUUCUCAAACUACUGCCGGGUGCGCUUCUAUUGGUGAUAUUCUAACUAGGCAGGUAGAAGAAUCAUUAGAUGCCUGUGAUGUUGAUAUUGUUAAUAUUGAUAAUGAUUCAUAUUAUUCCGAUAUUUAUUAUUCUCCUGCUGCAAAAAAGCGCAAAGUUGAAACUUCUAAAAAGAAAGCAUUCAAAGACUAUGUCACAGAUUCUAGCUCUCCUUUUUAUUUGGAACACAUCAAACAAAAGGCUGACAGUAUGUUAGCAUCUCGACUUCAAGGUUUAGCUCAAAUAAAUGAGCGACACUGCUCCUCAUAUCCAUUAUAUGGUGUGGAUUUACGUGCCAAGUUAAAUAUUGUGGAAACAGGAAAAGUUUUUUAUCGCCCAGAUGGUGUGCACUGUGAGUGUGAAACAUUAAAAUGUAUGAUAAAAUCACCAAAAAAACGAAUCAAAGAACUUCAGUCAAUCAUAGAAAGGUUUGCAUUGUUUGUUCAUCCAGUUUUAUCUUCACCAAUUCAAUAUCAUACAUGUAAUCCUGCGCCUUCAAAAGUUCAACAUGUUAAAAAUCUUAUUAAUGAUGUAGCAUUAUUAGUUGGAAGCAAAUUUUCUUUAAUCUAUCCUUUAAAAACAAUGUCUUUAAUCCAAUUUCCAGAAACUAGGCUGGUUCAAUAUGACUGUGGCAAACUUCAAGCACUAAACGAUUUGCUGCGACAUCUAAAGAUUGGAAAACAUAGAGUGCUAAUCUUUACUCAAAUGACAAAAAUGUUAGAUGUUUUAGAAAGGUUUUUAAAUUAUCAUGGAUAUAUAUAUUUACGGCUUGAUGGAACAACAAAAGUUGAGCAAAGACAGAUUUUAAUGGAGCGUUUUAAUCAAGACAAUAAAAUAUUUAUUUUCAUUCUUUCAACUCGAAGUGGGGGCUUGGGUAUAAACUUAACUGGAGCUGACACAGUGGUUUUUUAUGACAGUGAUUGGAAUCCAACAAUGGAUGCUCAAGCCCAGGAUAGAUGUCAUCGUAUUGGUCAGACUAGAGACGUUCAUAUAUACAGAUUAAUAUCUGAACGAACUGUUGAAGAGAACAUCUUAAAAAAAGCUCAACAAAAACGCUUACUUGGAAAUAUUGCAAUUGAAGGGGGGAACUUCAACACAGCAUUCUUUAAACAAGAGUCUGUACAAGAACUUUUUAAUACAAAUUCUGCUAAUAAUUCUGAAUCAUUUCAGUUAUCUAAUAAAAAAGAUGAUCAAUCAGUAGAUGCUGUUCAAACAAAUAGUUCUUAUGAGCAAGUAUUGGGAGCUGCAGAAGAAGAGGAAGACGCAGUUGCUGCUCAAAAAGCAAAAGCUGAACAAGAACUCGAAAUGGUAGAAUUUACUGAAAAUGCUAAUAAUGAAACAAAUGAAAAGAGUUCAAGUGGGUUGUCUAAAGUUGAGAAAGAUCUUUUAGAGUUAGAGUCUCAGCUACGGCCAAUCGAGUUGUUAGCAUUGAAAUUUGUUGAGAGUUCUGAAAUGUACGCAGUUAAUGACGAAGUUAUUGAAACGGAAAAAAAAUUAGAGCAGGCAAAAAAAGACUGGGAACUUGAUCAUCUGCGUUCAAUCAAAGAAGCAGAAGAGCAACGCAAUGCUGAACAAGAAGAUGAAAUGUUGUUUACUUAUGUACGGGAUUCAACCUAUUCAAAGGAAUACAUUGAUGAAUACACAGGAUCACCCAUGCCAAUGUGGGUGCCACCGACUCCUCCAGAAGAUAAUCAUAUUGAGGAAGUUUCAGAUCCAUGCUUAAAUUUCUUAUAUGAAGCUGAAACAAUACCUGAAAACUACUUACCUCCAACUCAUUUUUUAAAAAAAAAUGGGGUAGAUAUUUAUGCUGUAAAACGAAACACUUCUCGAACACAUUAUUUAGGUUGUUUUAAAAAAAAAAGAAAUCGAAUAUCAAAGCCAAGAUCGAUAUUUGAUAAGAAAGCAUUAGAGCUACUAAGCAGUAAAAGUAAAUUUAAGAAAUCCCAGAAAUUAAAACAAAAAGCCAUGGCAUCAGCACAAUCAUCAUCAGUAGCACGUCCAGAUUAUUCUCAACGUGGACCUGAUUGGUUAAUUAAUGAAGAUUGGACUUUAUUACAGACAGUUAAUAUAUUGUCAGAGCUUCCUGUUGGAAUAACAAAUGAGAUUAUACAAAGUCGAUCAGUAAACUGGGAAUUAGCUGCAGAUUUGGUGAAUUGUACAAAUAAUUUAUAUCGCUCCUCCAGACAGUGCCGAGAUCGUUAUCAAAAUGUAAUUGUUCCAAGAGAAGAAGGAAAGCUUAUGAUUACAAAUGAAACAAAUGAACAAAAGCAAAAGAAAAAUAAAAAAUUGUCACCACCUGUGCCAUUAUCUAAAGUUCCACCCACUCCUCAACCUCAGCCAAAAACUUAUCCGCAGUUCACAAGUGACAAUGGAAAAAGUGUAUUUGGUAUGCAUUACAAUAGAUUCGAUCAGAUUAAAAAAGCAACAUUGAAACGGAAACCAGUCAUUAAGCAAUCAACACGCACUAUUCAAAGUUUUAUUUCUAAUGGAGUGUCAUCUGUUGAAAAACCGUUAAAUCCAAAAGAUCUUGCUAGUAUGAGAGCUGAACGUAUUGCUAAAGAAAAAGCAAGAGUUCUUGCGGCACAGCAGGUACAGUUGAGUCAAACCUCUAUGGCAAGUAUACCAUCAUCAAUUGCAUUAUCUACUAGAACUACUCAAACUUCAGUAUCAACAGUUGGUCAUUUGGUAAAAGUAACUGCAGUUGGUGUUGCAUCCAAUUCAGGAAAUAUAAGAGGAAAUUUGGUUUUUACUUCAACAUCACUAGUUGGUGGCAACACUUUGAUUGUUCCAACAGUUGUUUCGAGUGCUAGUGUUUUAUUAAACACAACUUCUACAUCAUAUGCUACAAUUAGUUGCAAAAUGCAAAACCUGAAUCAAAAUACUGUUUCCAUAGGUCAGCUGACACCAUCGUCAAUUGGCACAGCAGCUAGAAUUUUAACAUCAGGUCAUCAAAGUGUUUCUGGUAUUUCAGUAAGUAAAAUUCAAACAGUUGCGACUAUCUCAUCAUCAAUAAUUGCACCAACUCUUGUUGCUCAAGUUCAAAGGGGAACUGCUAUUGCAACGUCUGUGGGUACACCAGCAUUGAUUACGACACAACCAUUUAUCCAAGGAAAAGCUCUUACCCAACAACAGAUUGCUAUAUUAAGACAAAAAGCUCAGCAACAGCAGCAACAACAACAACAACAGCUGCUUAAGAUUCAACAACAGCAGCGUUUGCAGCAGCAAAACAAACAACAAUUAAAACUUGUCCAACAGCAGCUUCAACCACAAACGCAAGUUUCAAAGCAAUUGACUGUUGUAGCUACUGGAAUGCAACCUGAAGACUCAGUAUCAGGCAUUGUAACAGUGCAAACAAUGAAAGCAGCAACAGAUAUUCGUGGGCCUGUGCCACAACAGAUUGUAACUCAAACACUAACUGCAGCUCAGCAACAGCAACUUCUUCAACAAGCUUUGAAAAAACAACAACUUCAACAAUUGCAACAACGAGGCCAGCUUGCAUCUAGUUCACAAAUACAACAAAUGUUAGCAGGUCAAAAGUUGACGCAACAACAACUUCAGCAGCUCCAGCAACAACAGAGACAUACACAGCUUCAACAGCAACUUAAGUUUCAACCUCAACAAGUGACUACUGCAAUGGUGUCACAAACAAAAGCUCAAAUAGUUAUGACUCAAGUUAAACAAGGUGGUAGUCCACAGGCAUUAAAGUCGUCUGGGCAGCAGAUUCAAUUACAUCAACUACCACAAGGUACAACAGUUCAAGCCUCCCUUUCUCAACAAAUUUUGUUGCGCCCAACAUUGACUCAAGCAUCUGGUCAAUUUCAAGUUACUUUAGGUCUUCCACAGCAAAUACAACUUCGUGCUAUGAUUAAUCAACAAUCUAACCAACAACGUAUUGGUCAGCAAAUGCAAACUAUGCAGGCUCAAGUGAAUUUACAGACCGGAAAUGUUGUAAUGCCUUCGCAACAACCAAAUAAUAUUGUUUCCCAACAGCAACUUAACGUUGCAUCUCAACAGCAGCAACUUAUUGUAGCAUCUUCUUUGGCACAGCAGCAGCAGCUAAAUAUUCAAGCUGCUGUGCAAAAACAAGUUAUGCAACAACAACAGCAGCAGCAACAACAACAGCAACAACAACAACAACAACAACAAUUAAAAGCAGUUGUUACGACUCAAGCAGCUACCUCAAAAUCGCCACAGAUCCAAUUGCAUUUACAACCUGGUAGUCACAUGUCUCCGCAGCUUCAACGUCAACAAGUAUUGUCUGCAACACCCGCUCAAUUAUCUCAAGUGAAAGCUUUUGUAUCACAAGCUCAACUUCAAGCAUCGCAAUCACGCUCGAACUCUCCUGUUUCUAGUGCCGCCUCGCCAACCGCUGGAACUACUAUACAACUGCAAGCUCAGCAGGUAGGCCAGCAAAUGCGACGUCAAGCUCAGUUAGUACAAGUUCAAGUAAAGCCGUCUGUCGUUGAGCCGUCUGCCGUUGAUCCUAUUGCUGUUCCUCAGCAACUUUCGCCAAAAGAAGCGACUAUUACUGAAAAGCAAAUAUUGGUGGAAACAGUUCCUGUCGAAAAAGAAACUUAUGAAGUUAAAGCAACGGAUUUAAUAGCUGCGACUGUUGAAGAUAAAGUUGACGAACAAACUUUAGGCAUGCGUACAAGAACCCGAAGUCAGCACAAGUAAUUUCAGUAUGGCAUAUUUUGCCGUUUCAAUACAAAACUCAGUUUGUGAAAAUAUACCAAAUGAAUUUCAUAUGCUUGAAUUAAGUUUAAUUUAAAUUGUUAUCCAGUUAUUUUUGAUUAAAUAUCAAAAAUAAAAA